ACAUGCUGGGACCGGAUAGAUGAGACGGACCACUGUCCCUCUUAAUAACAAGGUAACUAUGCGAACUGUGCGUGGAUAGAAAUUAGACCCCUUAGGCUACAAUAAAUCCGACCAUAGCUUCACAUCUUGCUACAAUGUGACGAGGGCGAGACAAUGCAGUCUACAGGCGCACACGCCUUUGCGUAAAAAGAGGCGUUGUAUGCUUCUCGCGGUAGCUUUAGAAUCGUCUAUAGGUUUCCAGUGCAGAGAAAACGUCAAGAACUGAGAUUUUCAUGAAUAUGCCCAAGGAAAUGGGAUCAAGAGAUCUUGCAGACACAGCUGCCAUGGCAACUCAAAACGCAGUGGAUGCCAGUGGCAGGGGUGAGAAUAACAGUAAUGAAAACCGUCACCCAGAAGUGGCUGAGUCGCAUCCUCCACCCAAUAGCGAUGUUAGUGGCGCCACGGAUGCCAACACAGUCGCUGCCAAGAACUUGGAUAUUCUCAAAGCCCACUCCCUAGAUGUUAUCUUCGAGGUUGGCGAGGAGUAUGACAUAAUCGAGACCAUUGGGACAGGGGCUUAUGGCGUUGUAUCCUCUGCCAGGAGGCGAGACAAUGGUGAGCCAGUAGCCAUCAAGAAGAUUCCAAAUGCUUUUGAAGUGCUUACCAAUGCCAAGCGCACCCUGAGAGAGCUGAAGAUUUUAAAGCAUUUUAAGCAUGACAACAUCAUUGCAAUUAAAGACAUUCUGCAGCCUGGUGUCCCACAAUCGGCUUUCAAGUCUGUUUACGUGGUGCUUGACUUAAUGGAGAGCGACCUCCAUCAGAUCAUCCACUCCAGGCAACCGCUGACCCCCGAGCACACGCGCUACUUCCUCUACCAGCUGCUGCGCGGCCUCAAGUACGUGCACUCGGCCAACGUCAUCCACCGCGACCUGAAGCCGUCCAACCUGCUGGUGAACGAGAACUGCGAGCUGAAGAUCGGCGACUUUGGCAUGGCGCGGGGCCUGAGCACGGUGCACUCGGAGGAGUCGCGCUCCUUCAUGACGGAGUACGUGGCCACGCGCUGGUACCGGGCGCCCGAGCUGAUGCUGUCGCUGCACCACUACAGCCUGGCCAUCGACGUGUGGUCGGUGGGCUGCAUCUUUGCGGAGAUGCUCGGCCGCCGCCAGCUGUUCCCCGGCAAGCACUACGUUCAUCAGCUGCAGCUGAUCUUGUCCGUGCUGGGCACGCCGCCCGAGAGCCUGGUGGGCAUGAUCGGCGCGGAGCGAGUGCGGGCGUACGUGAAGAGCCUCCCCUCGCGCGCCGCCGUACCCCUCGGCAAGCUGUACCCGCAGGUCGAGCCGUCGGCGCUCGACCUGCUCGGCGCCAUGCUGCGCUUCGACCCGCGCGAGAGGACCAGCGUGUGCCAGGCGCUCGAGCACCCGUACCUCAGCAAGUACCACGACACCGACGACGAGCCCAUCUGCGUGCCCGCCUUUGACUUUGAGUUCGACCGGCUGCCCAUGGGCCGGGAGCAGAUCAAGGAGGCCAUACUGGUCGAGAUCCAGGACUUCCACGUGCGCAAACAGGCCAGUAAACCCCGAAUCCAGUUCCGACCCCUCGGUCAGGCGUCCAGCGCCAGCAGUUCGCCGACUCCCAGCGGUGCUAACAGCACAUUAGCGAUUAGCCAGAUGCAUCCUCCUCAGCCAGCAGAUACGAACACUAACCAGCACGGUGACACGUGCAGAACGACUGUCGACACCACCCAGCCUUUCCGCAACCAGAUACCUCCAUUUUGUAAGCAGCCAGUACAUUCGACCGACUCUCUACCACCGCUGACCUCGUGUCAGGAUGUGGACAUGCCGAGCGCCAGUUCCGACAGCGGCCAGGCGGACAACAUCAUCGAUCUGACCACCCCCACGUCCUCCAAGGGUACCCCACCGACCGAACCGAUGAGGGAGUGCCCGAAGGCGGAGGAAUCCCCCUCCUGCAACCACACCUCUCAGACGCAGGCUCUGCAGAACCUCCCUCUGUCUCAGCCGCAGGCCCCCUCCUCUCUUCCGCCUUCCUUCCCAAACGCCGUCCCCUCGCUGUCUCUGUCGCAGUCCCAAGCUCAGUCUCUCUCCCAGUCCCUGUCUCGCUCUCUCGGGAAAGGGGCAAGAGGGACGACAGGCACCGGAGACACCACCAGAAAGGAGGGGGCCAUUUCCGACGACACCAAAGCGGCCCUGAAAGCUGCCCUCAGGCAGAGAGCUAGGGAUGGUGGAACUGCUGCAGUAAACACGGACGUUGGAGGGGGAGGAGGAGUGAGUUUGUCAUCAUCCUCCUCCCAUCUGUCAGAUAUGAGGAGACCCGUCACGGCCCAGGAGAGGCAGCGAGAACGGGAGGAGAAGCGGAGAAAGAGGCAGGAGCGGGCACGGGAACGAGAGAGGAAGAUGAAGGAGAAGGAGAAAAAGGAGGGCAGGAAGGGCGAUUGUUUGGGAGGGGUUUUGCUGAGCGACAACGACAAGAGCCUAUUGGAGCGCUGGAAACGCAUGAGUGACAGCCGCACGGACAAACCCCUGGAAAGCAACGGUACUAAAAUCUCAGACAGCGCUGCGAUAUCCUGCUGUCACAGCCAGUCGGCGGCAGGAAAGACAAUUCAAAAGUCAAACAUGGAGGCGGCUGAGCCUCAGCCCACAAAACAACAAAACGAGUUGCCAAUUUUCAAACCUUCCUCUCAACUCGUGCCCCCGGUUGGACAUUGUGUGCCCCCUGGAAUGUUCCAGCUGCCUGCGAGUCAGACUGUCCAUCCUUUCGCUCUGGGCAAACCACAGGAGGGGGAUAUGGGCCUGGUGGCGAUUGGAGGCGGAGGGGGGCUAAGUGUCGUAGGGGCAGGUGGCCUUGGAGUAAUGGGUGCCACCUGUCCCCUGCCCAAGAACAAUGUGUUAAAAGUCCCGCCGCAGCCCUCGGGCCAGUUCGUGGGCACGUCGGUGUUCAACUCGAUGGAGAGCUGGACGGGGACUCCAGCAGGGAUGACUGCACCUCAGCAGUUGCCCCAGCAACAGCAGCAGCAGCAGCAGCCCCAGCCUCAACCACAGCUCCCAUCCCAGCAGCCGCCCCAAGUGUCUCCCCUCGCCCCACAGAAAAACUUCCCCCAGUCGCUCCCCCACUCACAGCCUCAAGCCCACCUCCAGACACCGCUAAACGCCUUUGUAAACAACCCCAACCCCCUGACCCACAACGGGACUGGUAGAGUGGGGCUUGCCAACUCCAACACCCCCCUGCCCAGCCUCGACCCAGUACCUGUAGACAAGCUCUGCCCCACUCUACCCGACCAGCCAGCAGUCCUCCACACACAGAGCUCUUCCCAGGGGCCCCCGGCAGACCUCACUCAAGCAGGCCUCAGCCUCACAGACUCCAGGCCACCAGAUGGCAGCAGUGGGGCUCCAGACAUCCACACAGUCACACUACAGCUCUCAAAAUCACAGGUGGAGGAUGUGUUGCCACCCGUGUUCUCUGUGACCCCGAAGGGCAGUGGUGCCGGCUACGGUGUUGGGUUUGACCUGGAUGACCUUCUGACACAGUCCCUCACCGACCUACAGCACUCUGACCUCAGGGAGAGUCACAAUGACUCUGCCCCUCUCUCUGCAUCGUUGCUUUCUGAUUGGUUGGAAGUUCACCGAAUGACCCCAGCUGACCUGGAAUCACUGCAGCAGGAACUGCAGCUUGGAUCUCCCAUGAUCCUCUCUGACAAUUCCACACUUCCUGAUUCGUGAUAUUCCUUACCCCUGUAUGUUUAGAACAAAACUGAAGGAAAAGAGUAGAAAGAGCUGUAGUUCUUACCACAGAAUAGUUACUGUACGUCAUAGAUCAACUUUGUACAUUGCUUUUUUUAGUCAUAAUAACUGGAGUGAUUGAUUGGAUACCAUUUAGGCGUUUGAGUUUUGCAACAACAUUACCAGCAGUGUUUUUAAAUAAAGGACAUAAAGGGA